AUGGCUGCUCCGCCGGCAAGAGCUCGUGCCGAUUACGAUUACCUCAUAAAGCUUCUGUUGAUCGGCGAUAGCGGUGUGGGUAAGAGUUGCCUCCUUCUACGUUUUUCAGAUGGUUCAUUCACCACUAGUUUCAUUACGACCAUUGGCAUUGACUUCAAGAUAAGGACAAUUGAGCUUGAUCAGAAGCGGAUUAAGUUGCAGAUAUGGGAUACUGCUGGUCAAGAACGUUUCCGUACAAUUACAACUGCUUAUUAUCGCGGAGCAAUGGGCAUUUUGCUCGUGUAUGAUGUCACUGAUGAGUCAUCUUUCAACAAUAUUAGGAAUUGGAUUCGCAACAUUGAACAACAUGCUUCUGAUAAUGUCAACAAGAUCUUGGUUGGAAACAAGGCGGACAUGGACGAGAGCAAGAGGGCCGUUCCUACCUCGAAAGGCCAGGCGCUUGCAGAUGAAUAUGGCAUCAAGUUCUUUGAGACUAGUGCUAAGACGAACUUAAAUGUGGAAGAAGUUUUCUUUUCAAUAGCUAGGGACAUCAAGCAACGACUUGCAGAUACUGAUUCAAAGUCCGAGCCACAGACGAUCAAGAUUAACCAACCAGAUCAGGCUGGAGGUGCGAGCCUGGGUGCACAAAAGUCUGCUUGCUGUGGUUCUUAA